AUGGCCAGCAUUAAGCUGGUUAAUGGCAACAACUCUUGUUCUGGGAGAGUGGAGGUUUACCAUCAGUGGUGGUGGGGAACAGUGUGUGAUAAUGGCUGGGAUCUAUCAGAUGCUGCAGUCGUGUGUAGAGAACUGGGAUGUGGAGAUGUUAUAGAGGCAAAGACUGGCGCUUAUUUCGGACAAGGUUCAGGAAAAAUAUGGAUGGCUGAUGUAAGCUGUGUUGGAAAUGAGUCUACACUGAGCAGCUGUGAGUCCCGUCAUUGGGAAGUGAAUGACUGUGACCAUUCAAAAGAUGCUGGAGUCAUCUGUCAGUCCCUCAUUAGGCUGGUAAAUGGCAGUAACUCUUGUUCUGGCAGAGUGGAGGUUCUCCAUGAUGGUCAGUGGGGAACAGUGUGUGAUGACGGCUGGGAUUGGAAUGAUGCAACAGUGGUGUGUAGAGAGAUGGGCUGUGGAAAUGUAAUAGAGACAAAGAGUGGUGCAUAUUUUGGUCAGGGAUCAGGGCCAGUAUGGUUAAGUGAUUUACAGUGUUAUAGCAGUGAAUCUACACUGAGCAACUGUCAAUCAAGUGGAUGGGGACACAACAGCUGUGGACAUGAGAAGGAGGCUGGAGUCAUCUGUCAGCUCAAAACUAUGCUGGUGGAUGGCUUCAGCUCUUGUUCUGGAAGAGUGGAAGUUUACCGUCAGUGGAUGUGGUGGGGAACAGUGUGUGAUAAUGGAUGGGAUCUAUCAGAUGCUGCAGUAGUGUGUAAAGAGGUGGGCUGUGGAGAUGUUAUAGAGGCAAACUCUGGCGCUUCUUUUGGACAAGGUUCAGGACAAAUAUGGAUGGCUAAUGUAAGCUGUGUUGGAGAUGAGUCUACACUGAGCAGCUGUGAGUCCAGUAAUUGGGCAGGGAAUGACUGUGACCAUUCAAAGGAUGCUGGAGUCAUCUGUCAGUCCCUUGUUAGGCUGGUAAAUGGCAUCAACUCGUGUUCUGGAAGAGUGGAGGUAUUCUAUAAUGGAACAUGGGGAACAGUGUGUGAUGAUGGCUGGGAUUGGAAUGAUGCAAGAGUGGCAUGUAGAGAGAUGGGCUGCGGAGAUGUUAUAGAGAUAAAGACUGGUGCAUAUUUUGGCCAGGGCUCUGGGCCAGUAUGGUUAAGUGAUUUACAGUGUUAUAGCAGUGUAUCUACACUGAGCAACUGUCAAUCAAGUGGAUGGGGACGAAACAGCUGUGGACAUGAGAAGGAUGCUGGUGUCGUCUGUCAGCCCAAAGUUCAGCUGGUGAAUGGCUUCAACUCCUGUUCUGGGAGAGUGGAGGUUUACCUUCAGGGACGGUGGAGGGGAACAGUCUGUGAUAAUGGCUGGGAUCUAUCAGAUGCUGCAGUCGUGUGUAGAGAACUGGGUUGUGGAGAUGUUAUAGCAACAAAGACUGGCGCUUAUUUUGGACAAGGUUCAGGAUUGAUAAGGAUGGCUGAUGUAAACUGUGUUGGAGAUGAGUCUACACUGAGCAGCUGUGGGUUCAGAAACUGGGGAGUGACUGACUGUGACCAUUCAAAGGAUGCCGGAGUCAUCUGUCAGUCCCUUAUAAGGCUGGUAAAUGGCAUCAACUCUUGUUCUGGGAGAGUGGAGGUUUUCUAUGAUGGUCAGUGGGGAACAGUGUGUGAUAAUGGCUGGGAUCAAUCUGAUGCUGCAGUGGUGUGUAGAGAGAUGGGCUGUGGGGAUGUUAAAGGGACAAAGAGUGGUGCUUUUUUUGGACAAGGUACAGGGCCAGUAUGGUUAAGUGAUCUACAGUGUGUUAACACUGAAUAUUCGAUAAGGUACUGUCAUUCAAAAGGAAGGGGGGAAAACAGCUGUGGGCAUGAGAAGGAUGCUGGAGUCAUCUGUAACUCCAAAACUAAACUAGUGGAUGGCUUCAGCUCUUGUUCCGGGAGAGUGGAGGUUUUCUAUAAUGGUCAGUGGGGAACAGUGUGUGAUAUUGGCUGGGAUCGAUCAGAUGCUGCAGUAGUGUGUAGAGAGGUGGGCUGUGGAGAUGUUAUAGAGGAAAAGAAGAGUUCUUAUUUUGGACAAGGUUCAGGAUCAAUCUGGAUGGCUGAUGUAAAUUGUGUCGGAAAUGAGACUACACUAAGCAGCUCUCUUAUGAGGUUGGUCAAUAGCAGUAACUCUUGUUCUGGGAGAGUGGAGGUUCUCUAUAAUGGAACAUGGGGAACAGUGUGUGAUAAUGGAUGGGAUCUAUCAGAUGCCGCAGUGGUGUGUAGUGAGAUGGCUUGUGGAGAUGUUAUAGAGGCAAAGAGUGGUGCUUAUUUUGGCCAGGGCUCAGGGCCAGUAUGGAUGAGUGAUUUACAGUGUUCUAACACUGAAUCUUCACUGAGAGAAUGUACAUCAAGUGGAUGGGGAACAGGCAGCUGUGGACAUGAGAAAGAUGCUGGAGUCAUCUGUCAGCCCAAAGUUCAGCUGGUGAAUGGCUUCAACACCUGUUCUGGGAGAGUGGAGGUUUACCGUCAGGGGUGGUGGUGGGGAACAGUCUGUGAUAAUGGCUGGGAUCUAUCAGAUGCUGCAGUCGUGUGUAGAGAACUGGGUUGUGGAGAUGUUAUAGCAGCAAAGACUGGCGCUCAUUUUGGACAAGGUUCAGCAUCGAUAUGGAUGGCUGGUGUAAACUGUGUUGGAGAUGAGUCUACACUGAGCAGCUGUGGGGCCAGAAAAUGGGGAGUGACUGACUGUGACCAUUCAAAGGAUGCCGGAGUCAUCUGUCAGUCCCUUAUAAGGCUGGUAAAUGGCAUCAACUCUUGUUCUGGGAGAGUAGAGGUUUUCUAUGAUGGUCAGUGGGGAACAGUGUGUGAUAAUGGCUGGGAUCAAUCAGAUGCUGCAGUGGUGUGUAGAGAGAUGGGCUGUGGGGAUGUUAAAGGGACAAAGAGUGGUGCUUUUUUUGGACAAGCCAAAACGAAACUAGUGGAUGGCUUCAGCUCUUGUUCUGGGAGAGUGGAGGUUUUCUAUAAUGGUCAAUGGGGAACAGUGUGUGAUAUUGGCUGGGAUCGAUCAGAUGCUGCAGUAGUGUGUAGAGAGAUGGGCUGUGGAGAUGUUAUAGAGGAAAAGAAGAGUUCUUAUUUUGGACAAGGUUCAGGAUCAGUCUGGGUGGCUGAUGUAAACUGUGUUGGAAAUGAGACUACACUAGGCAGCUGUAAGUCCCCUAAAUGGGGAAUGAAUGACUGUGACCAUUCAAAGGAUGCUGGAGUCAUCUGUCAAUCUCGUAUGAGGUUGGUCAAUAGCAGUAACUCUUGUUCUGGAAGAGUGGAGGUUCUCUAUAAUGGAACAUGGGGAACAGUGUGUGAUAAUGGAUGGGAUCUAUCAGAUGCCGCAGUGGUGUGUAGUGAGAUGGCUUGUGGAGAUGUUAUAGAGGCAAAGAGUGGUGCUUAUUUUGGCCAGGGCUCAGGGCCAGUAUGGAUGAGUGAUUUACAGUGUUCUAACACUGAAUCUUCACUGAGAGAAUGUACAUCAAGUGGAUGGGGAACAGGCAGCUGUGGACAUGAGAAGGAUGCUGGAGUCAUCUGUCAGCGUAAGUACAAACAUUUUACACAAAAUCUGGUGAAUGGCUUCAACUCCUGUUCUGGGAGAGUGGAGGUUUACCGUCAGGGGUUGUGGUGGGGAACUGUCUGUGAUAAUGGCUGGGAUCUGUCAGAUGCUGCAGUGGUGUGUAGAGAACUGGGUUGUGGAGAUGUUAUAGCAGCAAAGACUGGCGCUCAUUUUGGACAAGGUUCAGCAUCGAUAUGGAUGGCUGGUGUAAACUGUGUUGGAGAUGAGUCUACACUGAGCAGCUGUGGGGUCAGAAAAUGGGGAGUGACUGACUGUGACCAUUCAAAGGAUGCCGGAGUCAUCUGUCAGUCCCUUAUAAGGCUGGUAAAUGGCAUCAACUCUUGUUCUGGGAGAGUGGAGGUUUUCUAUGAUGGUCAGUGGGGAACAGUGUGUGAUAAUGGCUGGGAUCUAUCAGAUGCUGCAGUGGUGUGUAGAGAGAUGGGCUGUGGGGAUGUUAAAGGGACAAAGAGUGGUGCUUUUUUUGGACAAGGUACAGGGCCAGUAUGGUUAAGUGAUCUACAGUGUGUUAACACUGAAUAUUCGAUAAGGGACUGUCAUUCAGAAGGAAGGGGGGAAGACAACUGUGGACAUGAGAAGGAUGCUGGAGUCAUCUGUAACUCCAAAACUAAACUGGUGGAUGGCUUCAACUCUUGUUCUGGGAGAGUGGAGGUUUUCUAUAAUGGUCAGUGGGGAACAGUGUGUGAUAAUGGCUGGGAUCUAUCAGAUGCUGCAGUAGUGUGUAGAGAGAUGGGCUGUGGAGACGUUAUAGAGGAAAAGAAGAGUUCUUAUUUUGGACAAGGUUCAGGAUCAAUCUGGAUGGCUGAUGUAAACUGUGUCGGAAAUGAGACUGCAGUAAACAACUGUGAGUCCCGGAAAUGGGGAAUGAAUGACUGUGACCAUUCAAAAGAUGCUGGAGUCAUCUGUCAGUCUCUCAUGAGGUUGGUCAAUAGCAGUAACUCUUGUUCUGGAAGAGUGGAGGUUCUCUAUAAUGGAACAUGGGGAACAGUGUGUGAUAAUGGAUGGGAUCUAUUAGAUGCUGCAGUGGUGUGUAGUGAGAUGGCUUGUGGAGAUGUUAUAGAGGCAAAGAGUGGUGCUUAUUUUGGCCAGGGCUCAGGGCCAGUAUGGAUGAGUGAUUUACAGUGUUCUAACACUGAAUCUUCACUGAGAGAAUGUACAUCAAGUGGAUGGGGAACAGGCAACUGUGGACAUAAGAAAGAUGCAGGAGUCAUCUGUAAAAAUUCUGUCAGGCUGGUCAACGGCAGUGACUCUUGUUCUGGGAGAGUGGAGGUUCUCCGUAAUGGAAUAUGGGGAACAGUGUGUGAUGAUGGCUGGGAUCUAUCAGAUGCUGCAGUGGUGUGUAGAGAACUGGACUGUGGGAGAUUUUUGGAAGCAAAGACUGGUGCUUAUUUUGGACAAGGUUCAGGAUCAGUAUGGAUUAAAAAUGUAAAGUGUGUUGGGACUGAAUCUGAUUUGAUGAGCUGUCCAUAUGACUUGGGUUCACUCAGCUGUGGCCAUGAGAAAGAUGCUGGAGUAAUUUGCGGAGAUAUUCAUGUACAUUUGAGGAUUGAGGUUAAGGCUGCACCUGGGGUCGACCCAAAUGAUCCUAAAAUCAUGAAGACACUUUUGAAAGAGAUUGAGAAGAAGGUACCAACAGAUGGGAUUUCACCCCUCAGAUGGAAAACUCAGUCCAAUGGAACAGUCUUCCAGAACGUAAAGGCAUUUUUACCCUGACAGGUCAUUGCUGGAAUACAAAAGAGAAAACAAGCACACACUAUCUUUAUGGACACUGGAUGCUGCAGUACAUGCUAUAUUUCUAAUCUGACCUUUUAAAAAUAAAAUGGAGCAUUAUGUUACAUGCUUUUUCUGUUUUGGUUUUAGGUGCUUGUAUAUAUCUGUGAUUUCUUUUCUUUAUAAAAAUGACAGCCUAAUAUUUGUGUUUAGAUACUGACAUUGUUUAGAUUCUUUGUGUCCUAA